AUGUCAACGAACCAUAACCCGAGCGAGAGGGCAAACCCUUCAUUCAUCAAUAUCGUCGGCAGAGACGAGCAGGCCCAACUAUCGCACGCCAACCAGACCAGUCUUCUUUUCAUCGGUGGACCUCGAGUACCAUGGCUGACCGGCAGUUUGGAGCCUACCGUUGCCAACGCGAGGGUUCAGAAAGCCGGGCACGUCUCCAUCGGAUUGCCCCUGACGACUUCGGCUUGGGUCGCUGACCCCCCCGUAUCAACGUCACCGGGACUGAAUCCAGAAGGCCUUGUGGCGGAAUUCCAACAACAGGAACAAAGGAUUGACGCCGAGGUUAUCUCUCCUCCCUCAAAUCAACCACCGCCAGCUCCGAUUACGCCAAACCUUACUCCGAAACCUUUCAAUGCGCCCGGAAAUACGCAGCUGUCAGGAAACUCAGUAAUCCCUCCUCAGAAAACAACGACCGGGCAGCCCAGAGUCGUUGGACAGGUUGCGCCAUCUGAGAAUCAUGUAUCCAGUACUUCGACUGUCUCCCAGGGCCAAGAAAGUCCGGGUCCCGGAAAGACUCAUCCCGGACUUUCUAUGACUAGGUGUCCGAACCCUGAUCGAGUUUCAAUACAACCCCACAGCACCCAUCAAAGUCAACUUCAACAGCCGUCAGUACAAAGGGUAGCUGUGCAUUCAACUGAUUUCAUUUUUCCUCUCGUUUUGAAGUUGCAACUUCUCCGCUGGCGAGCUAACACAGCCAUUCUGGCCCGAACUGGUGACCUUUCCAUGUGGCAACAUCGUCUCAUGGCCCAAAUCAAGAAACAUCGUGAAGCUAAUAGAAUGCAUAUUGGUCCCGUGGAGGCAUGGAGGUACAACUUGCUUCUCAAUGCCUGCUCAAAGAAUGAUAUUUUUUUCAUCGCCUUUCACCAAACCCUGUACCAGUUAAGCACAAACCAACCUCUGGCGCCUGACUUGCAAUCUUUAUUCAACUCACUACAUGAUAUGUUCAAAGCAGACGCACAGGUUUCUCCGCUCCAUGCCGUCUGGUUCGCAGCAUUUCCACAGGACAUGACAAACGCAAAUCUACCGUUUCCACUACCCGACAGUCUACUAUUUGAUGUGAUCAAGUUUCUACUCACUUUCUCGGGGAAGUGGGACUCGGUUAUAUCCUCUGUGCUAAGCAGAGGCUACCCGCUCAUGACCUUUGAACUAGUAGAAACUUUGGAUUGCAAAUCGACCGUGCUACAGGACUUGCUUUUCGACAUCAGCUGUGGAAAGCUAGGUCUGCAAGGUGGUCCUGGCGUCAAUCGUAUUAGUUCUAUUCGCCGAACAGACGUCCAAAAUGAGACUGCGGCAAAGACGCACCCCUCGAAAGCGCAAGUUGCUCAGAUGCGAAAUGACAUAAUCGUAAAGUAUAAAGCGGUUAUUAUGGAUAACUUUUUGACUCCGCAAGGAUUUGUAAAUGCGACGUCGCGAUCCUCCGGGAGCAGCUCACUACUUGCCACCAGUGGCUCAAACAUGAUCUCUCCAGCUCUUAUUCCAAUCGCAGCACAUGGUUCUCCUCACUGGCCCGUUCCUCUUGUUGCGGUUCACAACAAUGCCAAUGUACCCAAUUCGGGAUGGCAUCCGACGCCACUUCCUCACCCGCAAUUCAACGUUGCCAUGCAAGCCCGUCCCUUUAUCUCCCCAGCUGCCCCUGCUGCAGCGGCUGCGACGGCGCAGUCGGGGUGCGACGCUCAACCCAGAUUCUCGACCGCUCCGCUUGCACGAGUCGAGUAUCCGCAAUCCCCUUACGAUUGGACUUCUGUGCAGACAGGUCUUCAUUUACAAAAUAGGGUGAGCACAUUUAAGUUCGUAGUGCCCGAUGAAGAUUUCGCCAAGAGGUCGCGAUUAGUACGGACUGAGGAGCCACGGGUUCAUCAGUUUGGACGUGACACUCUCCGCUAUCGUCUGAGGCUAAGCCACUCCACUCGGGAUGAUCAAACAAAAGGCUCGGCCAGAUGGCCCAUAUCUCCCAGCGUUUGGCCGACCGAGAUUUACAUUGUGUUUAAUGACGUGCCGGUUUUUCCUCGGAGACGCCAACAUUUCCAAAAGGAUCUACCUAUUGAGCUCACGGAUAUGGUGCAACAGCAUACGAAUACAGUCCAGGUCAGUUUUCCUAAAAAAAUCGACUGCGCCGAUAUGGUUCCGCCACUCUUCUUGGCAGUCGAGGUCAUUGCCACUACGGAUCAUGCCUCGGUGCUUGACAUGGUUCACAAAGCGCCAAAGAUCAGUGCGGAUGAGACUCGCCGUGAGAUGAAGCGCCGGAUACAGCCCCAAGAUUGCGACGAUAUCAUUGUUCAAGAUGAAUCGUUGUCUAUAUCGCUGAGAGAUCCGUUCAGUUCCAUUCUUUUCCGUACACCUGUGAAGGGGCUUUAUUGCAGGCACAUUGAGUGCUUUGACUUGGAAACCUGGCUGCAAACCCGCCGCGGCAAACCUUCUCAGAGCCGAACUGAGCCUUCACUAGCAGAUGGCUGGAAAUGCCCUGUUUGUGAUGAAGACGCGAGGCCGCCGAAUCUCCGUAUUGAUGAGUUCUUGUCCGAAGUCCGCGAGGCUUUGGUCAAGACCGGGACGGACGGGGCACGGAGAAUCAAGGCUCAACUGGACGGGACUUGGACAGUAGAGGAGGAAGUGAAUGAGAACGACGAAUCAAAUGCCGAAGCUGCCGCGGCACAAACGGACGAGUCGAAUCAAUCCAUCGAGGUCAUCGAGAUAGAUUAG